UGUAAGUUAAGUUACGUUGAACACAGGACACCGAAUCCUUGGUUUGAUUCUCUAUAAUGACAAUGCAAAUCCGGUACCCGUCGUCCACCCACCACGGGGCGGGAAACAAUAUUCUGCCGGCAGUCGGGCCUCCGAACCCCGCCAGCAUGUAUGGCGCGCACCCGAACCCAGCAGAGCCGAGCUAUUACCACUACCCAACGUCGAGCUAUACCAAUUUGAAUGUACCAGGCGCCCACCUACCAACACCAUGCAAUGACCAGUAUGGUGGCAGUGCAGCGUUUACAAGCGGCUACCAUAACCAGCACCUGCACCAUCACCACCAUCACCAGAACAGCAAGGACAUGGUCAAACCACCGUAUUCAUAUAUAGCGCUCAUUGCAAUGGCGAUCCAGAACGCCCCGGACAAAAAGGUGACAUUGAAUGGAAUCUACCAAUGGAUCAUGGAAAGGUUUCCUUUCUACAGGGAGAACAAGCAGGGUUGGCAGAACUCCAUUCGUCACAACUUGUCACUCAACGAGUGCUUUGUCAAAAUCCCGAGGGACGACAAAAAGCCGGGGAAGGGAAGUUAUUGGACCAUGGAUCCGGACGCUUAUAAUAUGUUUGAAAAUGGCAGCUAUCUUCGCCGAAGAAAGAGGUUUAAGCGGAAACAAGAUGGCGGACCUAAAGGAAAAAGGGAGAAGUUGGACGCGAACUCGGAUUCCAUGAAAUCCGACGACGGCUCACCCUCGGCGAAAAGUGAUUCGAAAAACCCAAACCAGAAAUCCGAUUCCGAUGACGACGGGCAGUAUAAAUACGAAGCUGGUGACGUGGCGGUAAAUGAAGGUUUCGCUUCAACAGGGGUUGCCAAAGUUGAACCACUAGAUACAGCGCAAGCGUUUUCAUCUUCAGUGAUCGAAAGCAAUGGAAACAUGGAAGGUUAUAAUAGUUGUCUUACACCGAACACUGGUCAACACGACAACACCGAAGUAUCCAUGCUGCAGCUUACAAGACCUGACUCAUCAGGUUCAAGUGUUGUAUCCGCACUACCCAAUGCAGACCCCACCUUUCAACCAUUACAUACCGAUGAAGACCCCACAAACAUGAGACACAGUUACAACUACCCUUAUAACAGCUCCCACUACAAUACACAUAGUUUAGUAUCUUCCCCACAAACCAAUGAAGGCAACGUCUCAUAUCAGCAGCACGACAUCAACGAUAUCCAGACAUCAAGCGCAUAUGAGAACACUCCCUCCCCCACCUCAGAGCCGCAAAAUGUGGAGCGAUGGUAUCCUGAACAAGAUCAUAGCAGCCAUCAAGACAAUGCUACCAUGGUGGCCUCGGCUCCGUCCCUGAUGCCGCAAAACGCGAGCACAUCUCCCGACCAUUACCCCGCCGAUCAGCAUAAUCAUUCCCAGCAGCAACAGCCUUAUUAUCUUCAUCCAAACAGCGAGUUUCUCAAUCCAAUGACCUGCGUAGCUAACGGUGCGCAAGAUUACGCCGCGCAAGGUUACGCUGCGCACAUCCAACAGAGUGCAAGUUAUUACGGGCAAACUUACACCAUCCCGCACCAACAUCGAGCAUUCUCUGCUUACGAUUACACUAAGUACUGACUUCAUACAUUGCGUACGUAAGCUGCGGGUCAACUAUGUUCAAACCCUCAAAAUACGAAGGGGUGGCAACUGCAAUAAUUCGCCAAAACCAAUUUCCUUAAUUGACCGAGUUGUUCUGUUAUCGUAGUCUGUGUAGUGGUAGACCAUACGCUUGUACUGGUAGCUUAGCAGAACGGAUGCGACGCCAAACAAUUAAAUCUGAUUCUAAAAUAAUUUGGACUUUAAUAAGCCAGCAUGUGUUCUAUACACGGCGCCUUUUAUCUCGUCAAGCAAACAUUAUCGACGUCUUAACCCGCUGAAUUCUACGAAACCGAGAAAACGUUUCGUCUCACAAGCAAUUAUAUGCAUGUCGCCGGGUCUCAUACCAGCCUAGGUGGCACCUUGAUACGAUAGAAGGGAAUUUAUGAUUGAUUUCCCUUGCUCAAAGUUAGGGAGCGACUUUUUAUGUUUUUUUAAUUGUGUUCAUUUCAAAUUUGCAGUAAUUAGAAAAUAUGUCGGCAAAAGGUUUGCGCUUACCGCCGUGAUAGCGAAUUCGCUGUAUGGUGUACAACGUAUGCUGCUAUACAUGGUCAGCUUAUUUAAACCAAACCUAUUACAUCAGUGUAUAUAUGCGACACAAAGUAUUCAGCAAUUGUAAGUUAUAUUUCAACGUACUGCUUAUAUAUCAUGUGUUAUGUUUUGAACUGUGCCUCGUGGGAGAUUUAUUCUAGAUACUUUCACUGUGUAUUCCGUACUUCGAUGCGCGGAAGCUGAAAAUAUCCCGCGCAUGUCGAGUUUUCUAUUCACUAUUACGUCAUAACCACAUUUUCGUAAUCGUAAUAAACGCGCGAACAUCCA